UUGGGGACGUCAUUCAUUUUGGUUUCUUCCAGUAAGAAGAAGCUUGUAUCAAUUCAGUUGUUGAUGAAUCAACAUAACUGACCGGUUUCGCUUAAAUAAUUAAAGUUUGCACGAACUACAACAAGAUUGUGAUAAAAAUACAAUAACAUAUACUAUAUACAUAAGUUAAUAACCCUUCACUUUUGUAAAUAAGUGGAAAAUUCUAAGUGCUUCCAGUUGUGAAAUAAGAGAAUAUUGAACUCAUAUCAAGGAGAUGUCUCUAAUCACGGGAAGAGCUUUGCAUUAUGUCUUCAAAAUUGGCAAUCGUGCCAAGAAUUCCUUCUUCUUCCGGAAUAUAUUGGGCAUGAAGGUGCUGAGACACGAAGAAUUCAAGGAGGGCUGUGAAGCUCAAUGCAACGGGCCUUAUGAUAACCGCUGGAGCAAAACUAUGAUUGGUUAUGGUCCAGAAUCUACACAUUUUGUUUUUGAAUUAACAUAUAAUUAUGGUGUGACCAGUUAUGAAAUGGGCAAUGAUUUCGCCGGUGUCGUUUUGAAAUCCCAGGAAUCCAUCGAUCGAGCCUUGGCUAACAAUUAUCCAAUGACCGAUGUUGAUGGCAAAAAAUUACUCUUAUCUCCAGAUGGUUAUAAAUUCUACAUUAUACCAGAACCUCAACCAACGGUUGAAGAUCCUGUUGUUAAUGUUGGUUUACAUGUUACCAAUUUGGCCGAGUCGAAAAAAUACUGGCAUGAAAUUUUGCUCAUGAACAUUGUGUCAGAAGAUGAGACCUCGUUGCUGUUGAACUAUAGCAAUAUGCAGGCAGCAUUGAAUCUUAAACAAAUCUCUGAACCAUUGGAUAGAGCCAAGGCUUAUGGACGCAUCGCUUUUUCGGUACCCAAAGCCCAACAGCCUUACAUCAACGAUGUCAUUACCCAAAAUAAUGGCAAAAUUUUAACUCCACUCAUUGAAUUGGAUACACCUGGCAAGGAAACGGUGCGCGUUAUUAUCUUAGCCGAUCCUGAUGGUCAUGAAAUAUGUUUUGUCGAUGAUGAAGGUUUCACCAAGUUGUCGGCUGUGGAAGAUGAUGCCGAUAAGAAUUUGGAUAAAUACAUUAGCAAGGAUCCAUUCCAGAGGGAGUUGGAUGCAGCUGAGGAAUAAGUGCUAAAUGUUUGAUUAUGAAUCUGUUGAAUAUGAAUUAUUAAGUCAUUUAAUAAAGCUCUUUAAAAGACGUAGGAAUCAAUAAAAUUGAUUCAUGGAUCUA